CCGUGCAAAUCUUCCUGCAAGCGAUGGCAGUUCGUGCGACCUUGCCAAGCCUGAUGUCAACCGCCCGUUAAGAUCCCACACCCUACAGAUGGACAACCAUCCAAAGUCGACCUUCAACUUAACACGAUACCCGGGAUCAAUUGGACAGUUCAGAUCGGAUUUUCUGUGCAGCCACGUUUGCUAUCGAGAUUCAUUACCGCUGCCGCAAUUGGCUCGCCUAAACACCUUGCAUAACCUUUGUCUUAUAAGUCCAAGGGCGGGUUUGGUGAGAGCAACGUCAGCACUGUUGGUUUACUGAGACACCGUCAUAACCUAAGAACUCCUCCUUAGGUUCCCUCAACACACACACUCGCACUCUAUGCGUCCCAGGUAGCCAUAUCCUCACAAUGGGCCUCUUUCUAGGUUCGGCGCAUUACCUCCUCGCGGGGGUAGUCUUUGCGCUGCUAGUCCGCGCACUCCUAGGAAAGAAAGCCAUACGACGCAACGGGGAGCCUCUACGGAACCCACCCGACACCCUCCCCCUCGUGGGUAACGGCAUACAAUUCCUCCAACCCCGCUGGAACCUCCUCAGCUGGUUCGACAAAUGCCAGCGCCAAUUCGGCUACGAGACCCUCGCCCUCACAGUCCCAACCCUCCCCCCAGGCGUGCUCAUCCACGAUCCCAAAAACCUCGACUACGUCUUCAAGCACGAAGGUCUCUUCACCAAAGGCAACUUUGUCAAAACCCGCUCCUGGGACCUUUUCGGGAAUGGCAUCAUCAAUGCGGAUGGUGACUUUUGGAAACUCCAGCGCAAAGCCGGCCUGAGCUUUCUCAACACGGCCAACCUGCGGGUCUUGACCGAUGUGGCUCUCCCGCAGUAUUUGUCUGAGAGCGUCAAGGAGCUCGAGACGGCCAAGCCAGACCAGGUGGUGGAUCUGCAGGAUGUUUUUCAUGAGAUUACCACCAAGCUUAUGGGGAAGAUGGCUUACAAUAUGGAAAUGCACUUCUCCUCCCCCUUCUCCUCCUCCUUCGACCACGCCUCGGGCUGCACAGCCCAGCGCUUCCAAAACCCCCUAUACCCCCUAACCGAGUUCUUUUUUGGCCACAAGUUCCGCCAAUCCAUUUCCACCGUCAAAAAAUUCGGCCUCGAAAUUGUGUCCCGCGCCAUGCGAGACGCCAAAUCCAUUUCCUGUUCCCCCCCGCCUUCCACCUCGCCCGAUAGCGAGAAACUAGACUCCAUCUCAGGAUCACUAAUCCAAUCCCUCUUGUCCGCAAUCCCCGACUCCCCCUCCACCGUCGCCGACGCGGCCUUGACGUACCUCUCCGCAGGCCGUGACACCACAGGCCAGGCACUAACCUGGACGUUUUACUUGCUGCUCUCUCACCCAGAAGUUUUGGCCAAAAUCCGAGACGAGGUCAGGGGUGUUCUUGCUAGAGAACAAGCCCCGCUUGACACCACCUCCUCCUCCCUUCCCUUUUCCCCCGCAGUCCUGACCCCCCUUUCAGCACCGUACUCUCUCGCAGUCUUUUACGAAUCUCUUCGCCUUUACCCCCCCAUCCCAUUUGAGAUUCGCCAAGCCCAGGCAGCUACCACACUCCCAGACGGGACGUUUCUCCCAAAGGACAGCGUGCUGGUGUGGUGUCUCUGGGCUAUGCAGAGGAGCAGGCUGACCUGGGGGGAGGACGCGGAUCAGUUUAGACCGGAGAGGUGGCUGGAUGAAAAUGGGACAAUCAAACACAAGGGCGCGGCCGAGUUUCCGGUUUUUUACGGGGGGGCGAGGAGUUGUUUGGGAAGAAAAAUGGCCGAGGGGAUUGCGGUGCAGGUUAUUCCUGUUGUGGCUUGGGGGUGGGAGUUUGAGGGGGCUUGGGAAGGAGGACAAGAGAGGAGGAGUGGGGAUAGCUUGACGCUGCCUAUGGAGGGGGGGUUGCCUGUUUUUGUUAGGAGGAGGGGGGAGACGACGGGGAGAUAGAUGGAUGGAUAGGGGUGAAAUUUUAUUUGGUUUUUUGGAUAAAGUUGUCUGUUGUGGGUAUAUGAUGUGAAACGGAAUCACCAGGAAUAAAAGCUCACAAUCACAUCACACACAACGGUCAAAAAGUGUUCCGAACUGACUUGAUUACUUCAACACACUAUAUAUAUAAACAGAAAAGGCCUCACAAGAGCGCCCCUGGUCCAGUAAUGACUGACCCCUUCUCUCAUCUAAUCCCCUUUUUUCCUAAACCAAAACGAGAAAAAAGUGUUCUCAUAUCAAACAUGUAAUUCCCAUCAUCUCGCCGCGUACUGCGCGACAAAAAAAAACCAGGCUGGCGUCGAAAGAGAAAAGAAAAAAAAA